AUGAAGUCACUUCUUAAAAGGCUGGCCCUCGAUGUUGACAAACCAACCAAUGACAAGGAUCCAGUUCGUCUCGCCUUUCUUGGUGGUGCUAAGAGCGGAAAGACGUCUUUAAUAUCAAAAGUCACCAUGGGGAGUUUUCGAGAGACAUACUACCCUCUGCAACAAACACAACCAAUACUUUUCACGUAUUUCCCCGAGUCCAUACUAUCCAGACAAGUUCUCGAUACUUACUCACCAAGAGACACGCUCAACCUGGCCUUGACAAGCGAUAGAGUCGUGCUAAGUCCUGUUGUUUACAACAGUUUGGUGAGUAACACGACAAAAAGGCCUACGAUGCCUGUUACCCAAAGCAAUGGUGUGGCUAUCCAAAGCAGCAACCAUAUCUACUCCAUUUACACCCGCGGAAACUCAAUCCAGUCCACUCCAAUACUAAUGGAGCUCAUAGAUACACCCGCUUUCAAUCCCAAACAAGUGGUGCCGUUCCUAGAGGCAUCGCUAUACAUAAAAUUAGAAAAGGACAUUUUACACAAUCUUGCCAACGAGCCACGGCAGCCUGUCAGCACCAACCCAUUAAUCGUUGCCAGCGGAGCAAGCGAAUUGAACGGAACUGUGGACGGAUACUACUUUGUCUACAGUGCUGUACCAUCCAGUCUUCCACCUCCCUACGACGAGUCCUUGGGCUUCUCCACGGCAAACAACGAAAAUGGCUUCGAUUUGCUUCCGGUAAUGAAACAGACGCUUGACGAGGCAUGGCAAGAAUAUUACACGUACAAGGUUUCGUGGGAGAGUGGUAAGGAGUCAGAUGUAUUCUCCUUCAAGACGGCUCUUCGCGGCUUACUUGUGGAUGAGGUCAGAAAACCGGCACCCCAAUCUCGUAGCCCUGGUGGCUCGAGACUUCUAGAUAUCUCUUCUGACCCGGCGGAUCCGUCUUGUCCACCCCCUAUUUGGCUUGUGUGUACCCACGCGGAUCUGCCCCUUGCGUCGCCCAAAUUAAUAGAAGACGGAAGGCAGCUCAGCAAAACAUGGAAAUGCGGUUUUUUGGCAGUCGACGUGGAGUCUGACGUCGAAGAAGCCAUUGCUCUUAUGGUAAGAGAGCUCGAGAUUGAAGUGAUACGCAGUUCCGUGAUCUCAAACGAGAAGCUUAAUGAUCAAAUGAGAGCUGAGAUAGACGACGUCUUUGAUAAAUGCAAAAGUAUACAAGAUAGCAGGUAUCCAGGAAAUUUACAGAAAGAGCACAGAGGCUCACACGCCAAGCCAAUCGAGGAAGAAGAUGCACCUAAGCUGUACACAAUCAAGGACUUAGCAUUACAGCUUCAGAAGCUUGCCAUUCUCAAUUCCCGUCUCAAGCAAAAUGACAUUGAGAGGUCUCGACAGCUUUUGAAUAAGCGAGUGGCUUCGCUCCAAACAAAAGUGGACGAAACGUCGCUGAAGAUCAAAGAGAAGGAGAGUCUGGUACAGAGAAUGAAAGAGACUAUCAUCAACCAGCACCGGGCACUUUCCAACAGCAUCAAUGAAAGGACCCUUAAGACCAAACAUGUGGAUUCUACAAGGGCUGCAAAACAGACCGCUAUCAUUCAGCAUCACCACUUUAAGGUGCUACGCCAGGUGGUAUUCCCGAAGUACGACUUGUGGAAGAACCAGCCACCAGGCCCAAAAAGUACAAGGGUCAAAUUGGACUUCUUUGGGCAACCCAUACUUUCACUAGAGUCCUUCCUACUGCAUAACAACAAACUCAUAGCCAUCAAUAUGUUUUUGGAGAACCUCAUACAUCUCCAAGUACUCAUGGUGGAAUUAUUGAGCAUCGGUGGAACCCCUGUGCAUCUUCCAUUUCUCGACUUUCUCGUCCGUCAACUCCCUGAUGGCAGUUUUUUUGAUCAAGUUCAAGAGAAGAUCAACUUUCUAGUUCAUGACGAGAGUGAGGCAAACUCGGUUGAGAAAGAGCCAUCGGAGGAGGAAGCUAACCAAUUUCCUGGCCCUAGACCAUCACUUGAUAAGAUCAUCAUAAAGGAUAAUGUGAUUCAAGUGCCCUUGUCGUUCAAGACAGCUAACUUUCAACGCAGAGCUUCUGUACGGCUGGCGCUGUCAGAAUCGCCUCCGACUGAGCUGUUUCAUCCAGAGGUAUUUCUGGAAACUCCCGAGCCGCCUUACCCUAUAGAAGAUAAAAAGCUCCAGAGCGAGAAGGUGAAGUCCAGUACUUUUCAAGGAAAGAAAAUGGUGAUCGUGCCCCAUAAGAUUCUAACCAAGCCAUUUACAAAGCUCACGUUGAAAGAGUAUUUGAAGUUUAUUCUGGUAGUGGUGAAGAUUUUAGUCAACUUCGAAAUCCUUAUACAUCAAACGAUUGAUACAGUUCCACAACCCACCAAGAAGCAGUCAACCAGGGAUUUGCUUUCCAGCACAUAUGGCCAAUUGAGAGGAGAGCCAGAAAAUAAGUCCGAGGAAAACGAUCGAAGAUACGAUUUCAGGAAAACCUUGGAAAGCAUUGCCGAAAUGGACCAAUACUUCAAACACAGAAUUCAAGAACAAUCAGUUUCCUUGAAGCCACAAGUGUCGCAUGGUGCAAUGAGCUAUUCCAUGCUGAAUGGUGUGGGUGUUGAUAUCAAUCACCUACCUUCUACUGCCUCUUCAGGUGGAACUGAGGAUUCGUAUCCGACCACGGCUCACGCUAGUCUCCAUACCCACGAGAGUUCCUCGAAACUCAGAGAAUUCUACAGCAACUAUUUAUCCAGAGCACCGUCCCAACCCAAAAUUCAGCAGAAUUCAAUUACUGACACGGAUCAGAAGAUCUAUGGUGCCGUCAGCGAGGGGUUUCUGGAUACAGAUGAGGAUACGAGUAAGUCUUCUAUUAAAGUAGAUCGCUCGACCGAGCCGGACUCGGCCUCAAAGCAAGAAAUUGACUUUUACGAUCUCAAAGAGGUGAUGGACAACGUGCACAAGCUAGUAGCGAAUGGCAAACGCAGUGGCCGAGAUAACGGAGAUGACGAUGACGAGGCUGUCAAGAUUGCUACUCAAACCAUGAUGAAGAACACUAGGUCACAUCUUGCCGAUUGGGAUGUCGUAAGUCGUCUUUACUAA